CAUACCAUAUGCCCUGGGUGGUUGCCCAGCCCUAAGUCCAGCUCUGGGUCCAUGCAGUGCCUAGUCAAUCGGGCCACCCUGUUUUCUUCUGGGGGGAUCUGGGUGGCCCAUAGGCUUAUGGGGAGCAAUCUUGAUUGGGGGGGUGUUGGGCAGUGCUUGGCAAGAUGGGGACCCCCAUCUAGGCUGGCACUGAGUUCCCAUUCAGCCUUUCCCUCCUGCACCUCCAGCUCUGUGCCUGCUAUAGAGGGCAGAUGCCAUUCCUCCAUGGGGCAGGAUCCCCUCUGCAAUCUAUUGGAGUGGGUCUAGAUGCCACUCACCCCCUCCUUCAGCCCCUCCCUAGGAUGUGAGUUGAUUCUCACUGGCUCUUCAUUGUAUUAUUGUUCAUUAUUUUGACUCCUUGGUUACGGGGUGAGCGGUAACCUUGUCAACGGCGUAUUGCUCCCCACCACCACUUCCGCUUUUGGUGUGCACCAUCCCGGCACAGAGGAAGGAAGAGCUGAGGAUAGUGGUUGCUUCAGAGAACAGCCUUGAACCCCUCUAGGUCACCAAAGGGAAAAAAACAGGUCCUACUGGAACUCAGUUCUUUUCCUGUCACCAUGAAGUCUCCCCUCACCCUUAAUCUCUUCUCGGCCCUCCUCACUGUGACAGGAGCUCAGAUAAUCAGAGAAAAUUCCCUCUCCUGUUUCUACUGCAAGUCUGGGGGGAGAUGCUCUCAUGUGCCGCAGGUCUGCCGCUCAACUCAGGAUGCCUGCAUCUUUGUCUCAGAGCACAACACCCUGGGAGCUGAAAGUACCGGCACGUAUCAGUCCUGUACCGAUUCGAAGAAAAGCUUCACUGGCUUUGUGGGUCUUUACUUUGGGGAGGCCACAAUGGUGGAAAUCAAGUCAGAGAUUUGCAACACUGAUGACUGUAAUGCACAGUUGACGUGGUCCAAUUCAGCAAUCAACGGUGUUCCUAAUGGCCUUCAUUGCCCCACAUGCUAUGCCCCGGGUUUUAGUACCUGCGAGAGCACUGGGAACCUCCGCUGCAAGGGAGGGGCCGACCAAUGUAUCUAUGCAGUUGGGAAGAUUUCUCAAGGAGGUGUUGCCAUUCCCUUCGCUGCCCAUGGUUGUGCUACACAGACUGCCUGCCACCUGACCACCCUGGAGGCCGGAGUGUUCACCUACAACCUGACCCGGCAGGACUGCAGCCCAGCGCCCCGUGCACCAGCCAGUGGAAGCCUCUGGGUGACAGGCUGUGCCCCCUUAUUCCUCCCCAGCCUCUUUGUCCUUCUGCUGCAUUAACUGCCCGCUUGCUGUCUCCGGGGCAUCAGGCCUCAAUCGCACUGGGAUCCGUGGAGAGCUGACACCCCCCCCUUGCCUCCGCCCUUUGCCUCAGUUUCCCACCUGAGGAAAAAGUAGGAUGAAAGCACCAUAUUUUCUUGUAUACAACAUGCUCCUGAAUAUGAUCCACACAUUUCAUUUUGCUUUUAUUUAAUUCCAUUUUAUUAAAUUCUAUCUUAAUUCCAUGGUGAAUUAAUUGAAGGCAAAUUUAAUGAACAGUUACAGUAAUUUGAAUGUAGUUAAUUAAAAAUUGAAUUAGUUGAAAAAUCCAUUAAUUUGAAUGACUUAAUUACAGAUUAAAUUGAUUAGCAGAAAGAUUAAAUUAAAUGAAUUAAAAUUAAUUAAUAUAAAAUUUAUGCCAUUUUUCAUUUUUAUUAAUGCCCUUUUAUUUUUUAUUUUAAUUUAUUUUCUCUUAAUUCCACAGGUAUUUAAUCAAAACAAAUUUAAUUAAAUAUUAAUUUAAAUAUAAUAAAAAUCAGAAAUUGUAUUAAUUAAAAUUGCAGAUUAACACAAAAUGAAAUCAAAUGAAAUACAUUUCAUUAAUAUGAAAUUAAUUUCAUUUUACCUUUUCAUUAAUGCCAUAAUAAAAUACAGAAUGGCAUGUUUAAAAUUAAAGAUGGCAUUAUUUUUAAUUAAAUUUUAUUUACAUUUUAUUUUAUUUUACAUUAUUUUAUUUAAUUGCAAGGCAAAGUAGAGAGAGAUGGCUCCCCCCACCCCCACCCCCAGUUAUGUCUACACAGAGCUGAGAGAGUGUCUUGUCUUCAGCUGACUCACUUGCCUUUUCCUGUUUAACUAACGCUGACACCUUGGUUGCUGCUGAAAAGUGAUCUCCAUGGGUGGCUCUGUUCAAAAUCAUAGCUUCAAAGUCCUCCAAGACAAUGAAAUCAGAGGAGAGGGGCCAGAAGCAGCUAGUUGGCAGAAAACAAGCAAGGCUAGUUUGAUUAGUGGAACAUCAAGACACUUAGAAAGGAGAGGUGGUUAUUAACGUCUCUGGAGUGAAAAAGCCAUUAUGUCAUUUCACUCUCUCAGGUGUGUCUCAAUAGUAAUACGAUGCCAGAUGCACUGUGGAGUACGAGUUGAAGCUGGGGGCUUCUAUCUGAGGCAGAAAAUCAGGUUCCCUGCUUGCUACAUGCACUACAGUUAGAGGGGGAGGUGGGAGAAGAGGUGCAGGUUAUACAUGAGAAAAUAUGGUCCUCCACCUUUGAACAAUGCUUUGACAUGUGGUUGGACCCCUGGGGUCAAGAUACUGAUUGGGGCUUAAUCCCUUCUAGGACCUGCCCCCAACCCCUCAAGAUCUGCAGCAGGACCCAGGGGUCUGAGCUCCCAAUUUUCUUUUGCUCCUACUCUGGAGAUCUCAGGUUGCGAUGUGGACCCACAAGUCUAGGAUCCCAGCUCUUGUUUGUGCCUGAAACCCCUAGAAGUCGCUCCCCAACCAGACCUCAGGGUAGGGUAGUACCCAGGCAACCUGACUCCCAUCCCAUGCUGCUUUCACCUAAUUCCUUCCCAGGAGUGAGAGGACACAGAGGCAUCUGGUCUUCCCAUUUCCUCCACUCGAACUCCCUUCUCUGAACUGGGGUUAGAACCCGGGUGUCUUUGCUCCCAGCACCCUCCACUAACCCAUUAGAGUAGACCCUACUCCUGUCCCAGAGCUGGCCAUAGAGCCCAGGCAUCCUGGUGCCAGCUUUCACUCCUCCUGCCACUGGAAACAGCUCCCUCUUGUAUUUCAGAGAGCAAAUGCACUGAAUAAAGCACAAUGUGGAUACCAACA